UGGAAGACGACAAGGGUGAGGGAAAGAGGAGGUGUCAGCAGCAGCACGAGCAGCAGCACAAGCAGCAACAGCUUCCGCGCUCUACGUGGGAUGAAUCAGUUGUUUAUUGAAUCCACUUCCCGUAGCUGCUGUAAACCUCGUGUACGACGAUGAUUGGACUUGCGGUCGGCAUCGUGUCGAUGCCGGUGCUGCGCGAACCUGGUUCAUGGCAGCAUUCGAGACAAGUUUUUCGCCUAGCACACGGAGGCCAAGGUUGUGAGCUCGACGGCAAGAUCGGUAUGUCUCAUGCUCUUGCCAGCUGCCCCCCCUAGUCCUUGACUGAUUGCAAUUGCUGAGUCCUCUUUUUUUACGUUGUUGUCUGUCUGGAACGGCUACAACACGCCCGCGAAGCUUUUUGAGGUGUGGUGGAUUGGUGCGGGGGAGAUGGUGUGAGUGCUAUCUACCUCCUGUAGAAGCCCACCCCAGGUUUGCUAUGGGGGAAGGAAGGAAGUGAAAAUUGGCGAGGCGUUUUCUUUUGCGUUUCUGUUUCGGCGUGUUGUUUUGACCCCUCGAGCAGCAAACGAGGAUGACAUCAGUAGGUAGGGAAGAGGGAAGGAGGGGGUUGGGUGACUAGAUGUAUCACGGACGGCCGUGCCCGAGGUCGUCGUGGUUUUGAAGGGAAGAGACAAGUGCUGCUGGUAUGCGGUGCGUGCCGGUACAUUUUCGUUUUUUUACUUGGUGGUUUUUGCUGUGCUCCGUUCUUGGGGUUUUGUUUCCUGUGAGAUUAUUUGCUGUUUGCGGUGCUUCGUUUUCCUCUUCUCUAUUCUUCCGAACAAGCGGAAAGAACAGACUUCCUCCCCCCCUUUCACGGUGAUGGGGUCCUACUCUGUUGGACGCAAGGGGUGGUGUAAAUUGUAUUCAAAUGUUUCGGCUGUACUGCUACUGCUCUAUUUUUAUUUGCUUUACCUGUGAAGCGUUGCCAACCACACACGCCAUAAAAGGACAGCUCAGGAAACGGAGACAAGAAAAAACGGCGUUAGUAUUUCGGUGGCCACCGCUCCCCCUGUCUGUCUGUUCGUGGUUGCGAAAGAGCGUGUCCUGCCUGGUUUGAUUACGCUAGUAGCGAUUCCCCCGCAACAAGGCUUGAUCUCCGGCCCCUGUCUGGCACCGACGCGACCUCGUUUUGCGACAAGGCAAGAGCCUUAUUUUUCGUUCUGUCAAACCAGUUUCGCGUUGCUCUUUAAGUGCAUCGCUUGUUGGCACUGACUGGGAUGAUCGAGGGACGGUACACGUCAGAGGUCAGGUUUGGACGGGGGACGGGGGACGGGGGGGGGCGGGCGUUAUCUGAUUCCGAGUAUGACGCGACGACACGCAGGUAUCACAUAAGUCGGCAGAAAGAAGAAGCAAUAUGUUUGUUUGAGGAGGAAUAGCGCAGCAGUGCUGGUAAAAUAGUGCGGUGGGAUUCUUUCAUUGGUGGGGGUAGAGUUGGUUGGUGUACAAUGACGAGGAGGUUGUUUCCAUUAGUCGGGCACUUCAUGUUGCUAAUUCUGCGCAUGGCAGCGUUGUCGGGACGGGGGGAAGGAUCGCUUUUUCUGGUGCGCGACAUGACGAGCAAGCGAGAAAUUUAAGGAUAAGGAAGCUUCGUCUUGUCUGUAUGGAGAUGAGCGUUAGACGUAUUGUUUGUGCGUGUGUUUCGUGUGACGAAUUGCUGUAGCUUCGGGCAGGUCGUUGUCGUUUUUUCAGCCAGUCCGUCAAGAGAACCGGCCAAGGUGCUGCAGACCGUUUUAAUGUAUUUGGGGGAGGAGGAUUAUUUCCCCGUUGUAAAUGCCAUUCGUCACACAAACAACGUGUUUUCGCUGUUUCUUGUCAGUCUCUCUCUCUCUCUCUCUCUCCAUCCGUCUCUUUGUUUUCUGUUACUAGCUCUCGCAGUACUUUCCGGCGGUCUCCCGCCAAGCAAGUUUCCUCUUUGCUUCCGCAGAACAACAGAGAGAGAGAAGCAGCGUCGCCAUCUUGGUCAUCCGUGUUGAGAAGAGCUUGUGCUGCAUGAUGUGUGGGUGACGUUGUCCCUCUUCCGUAAGGGAUUGUGGAUUUUCAAGUGUGUUUAGUUGUUGAGGUACAGUGCAUAGUUGCAGGGUCGGUCCCUGCUGUUGUACGUCGUUUACAUAGAACUGCAUCUUGCCAUGGAUCAUCCUCGAGUUCGGGCAACAGAAAGGGGGGAACGGUGGACAGACGCACUGUUCAUUGUUAAACCUUGUCGAAAGUCGAAAGGGGGUAACAAAUUGGUUGGGCGAUGUCAAGGGCUUCGGGUAGCUUGCUGAUUGCAUCGAGCCGUAAGACCUUUUGCGGUCUGUGCCAUCAAAAUCUCUCACGACGAGGUGUGACGAGGGAGGAGGCCCUCAUAGCGAGGGGAGACAAGAAGCGCGAGAGGGAGAGAGAGAGAAAAACUUGACAAAAAAUGUAAAAUAUUGAACGACCCUUAAUUUUUGUUUUCUCGUCCCAUCUCUGGCGCCGCCUACUUACUCCUGCUCGGUGCACACUACACGUUUGCCGCGUAUGUGCACACUUCUCAGCGUACUUGGUACACUACCACUAGCUAGACGCACCGUCCGGGGUCACACAGGAGGGGGUAACCACGCCGCGGUUUUUCUUCUUUUUUUUCUUCUUUUGUCCCCACCUACCUCCUGCAGUGUGAAGUCAACAACAACAACCUCCUGCAGUGCCUGUCUGAGACAUUUUUAUCGCGAAAAGGGGGCGACCGCGAUAACCACCGCGAAGGAAGUGGUAUUUAUGCACGUCAGCACAUCCACCUAUCCAUCCAUUGGUCCCCCAAGCUGUUGCAUCGUUCUCGGCGUAAACAUCACGCCUCCACGUGGAUUUGUUGUGUACUUAUCAUACCAUGAGCUUGUUUAGGGUCAGGUCAUCCCUCCCUUGCGCUGAAGAUAUCACCAUAAAACAACGCAAGUCAUUCGAAGCUGUCUUCCAUGUGCAAGGAAGUAAGCACAGGAUGCCGAACACCCUGAACAGAAUGCAGUGCACCCCGCAUGCGACUUGCCGAAUAGUUCACGGUGCUUCAUGCUUGGUGCUGAGAGCCUGGCCCGGUGAGGACCCAGCGUGCUCCGUCCCGGCUUUUUCUUCGUAGGCGUGCAAGGUCAAUGGAUGGGGUGACACCUACGGCAUCCGCGACCAUGAGUACACCCCGCCCCGGCGUUUCGUGAAAGGGCCCCUGACGGAAGACGUCCGUCCACGUCACAGCAGUUGGACGAAGCACGUAGGUGCGUACGAAGGUUUAGUAUACAACUCGAAAGAGAGAACCGCCGCUUGUCAUUCAUUCCUUGUCUGUGCCCAUUUGGCGGAACCGGGUGCGCGCAGUCUCAUUUCCCUGCGUGGUGACGAUGGGCGCGUUCUUGCACGAAGCUGCCGCAAGACAAGCAGCCAGCACCGCGAGCGAGCGACCUCAACGCAAGUCGACCCAACGACACCGCGCGUUAGGUAGAUAUAUGGUAGGUGCC